GAUAGAGGUGACUCUGUAGAUUGUCGGUCAGUGCACACACGCACCGGGUGCAGCACCAGCACUUGUUACUUUACUGUACGCUGUGCGAUACAGUAGAAAGAGAAGAGGCGCUUGUCUAACUUAUUAGCUCCACCCAACUGAAGCCUGGAUUUUGAUAGCUUGCAUCAAACAAUAACAACUCAUUUCGCAACCUCGCAACCUCGCAACCUCUCAACUAUCGACUGUCGAUUUCCAUCCAACCUUCCUACAUCAACACACUUACAGAGUAAAUCAAUCAUGGCAGAAUCAGAUCUUGCCCCCAAGUUUGCCCCCUUCUUUGGAAUGGCUGGUAUCGCCUUUGCGAUGACUUUCGGAUGUAUUGGUGCCGCAUAUGGUACAGCAAAGUCUGGCAUCGGAAUUGCAGGUGUUGGUACUUUUAGACCUGACUUGAUCAUGAAAUCUCUCAUACCUGUCGUCAUGUCUGGUAUCAUUGCAGUCUACUCUCUCGUCAUCGCCGUUCUUAUAGCUGGAGAUAUGGGGCCCCCUCCUGGCCAGAGUUACAGUUUGUUCAAUGGAUUCAUGCAUUUGGCAUGCGGUUUGUCGGUUGGGUUAACGGGUCUAGCCGCUGGUUAUGCAAUUGGUGUAGUUGGUGAUAUGGGCGUUCGAUCAUACAUGCAACAGUCACGAAUCUUUGUUGGAAUGGUCUUGAUAUUGAUUUUCGGCGAGGUCCUGGGACUAUACGGCUUGAUUGUCGCACUCAUUCUCAAUACCAAGAGCAGGGGUUAGAGAUUCAACCAACAGAAGCAUAUCCUCUUUUUUCGGUCAUACGACGACAUUACUUGAUUAGAUAUGAAGUGACGGCAUUGCUUGGAGUUUGGGUCGUGUGUAGUUUGUAACAAACAUGCUGCAAAUGGUUGAAAAUCGAUUACUGUGUACAACAUCUCACGAAAACAAGCGCGAUUAUAAUCUAUUAUCAACCGGACGGCGAACUCGCGCUUUACAAAUGUCACUUGUCGCACUCGCCCGAUCUUCGUUCAGUAUUCACGCGCAAAAAAUACCUCCCGCGCAGCAUACAUAUUCCACAGCCUCAGAGGGGUUAUUCCAUUUCUGGUCAAGUGGGUUUUCCAUCAAGUUCUGUGUGGUUGUACACCAUCUUUAGCCAACGUUGUAUACUAUUCAUUCGUACCUUAUCAUUUAUUCUCGGUACACUUUUCCAGCUAAUAGGGCCCAUCGGUGUUUCCUUGUGUUCUCUCGUGCA